UCCUACACUCUCUUUCUCUCUCCCUUCCCUUUAUAUUACUCUUUACACACAUCCUUCAAACUUCAGGGCUCUACCUCAACUCACCUAGCUCUCACACUCACACAUACAAACUCAUUCAAUUUGUUUCUUCUCAUUCUCCAAACCCAACACAACACACACACACACACAAAAUAACACUCAACAAUUCAUCUAUUCAAUAUUAUUUGAAUUGAAUGAAUUGAUCAUCAAAACUAGCUAUGGCUUCUCCACCAGACACAAGCAAAACCAUAAAGCUGGAACGUUACAACAGCUACCUCCGUAAAGUCAACAGCACAAAGCUUCUCAACGCUUCCUCCAAACUCCUCUUCCGCGCCACCCUCCUCGUCGCACUCGUCCUCGUCUUCCUCUUCACCUUCAACUACCCUCCCCUCGCCGCCGACACCACCCACCAAUUCCACACCCACACCAACUUCCUCACCUCCGCAUUCGGCGGCGGAGCCGCCUGGGAGAAGCAAGUCCGCAACUCCGCCACCCCACGCCGCCCCAACGGCAUGUCCGUCCUCGUCACCGGCGCAGUCGGCUUCGUCGGCACACACUGCUCCCUCGCCUUGAAAAAACGCGGCGACGGCGUUUUAGGCCUUGACAACUUCAACACCUACUACGACCCGUCGUUGAAACGCGCCAGACAAGAGCUUCUGUCAAAACACCAAAUCCACGUCGUCGACGGCGACAUCAACGACGCGCCGCUGCUCACCAAGCUCUUCGAUGUGGUGCCCUUCACUCACGUCCUCCACCUCGCCGCGCAAGCCGGUGUUCGCUACGCAAUGCAGAACCCUCAAUCGUACAUCAGAUCCAACAUCGCUGGGUUCGUGAACCUUCUAGAAGUUUCCAAAGCAGUGAAUCCGCAACCGUCGAUUGUCUGGGCGUCUUCCAGCUCCGUCUACGGGCUCAACACCGAGAAUCCAUUCUCGGAGCUUCACCGGACAGAUCAACCGGCGAGCCUCUACGCCGCGACGAAGAAAGCCGGCGAGGAAAUCGCUCACACCUACAACCACAUCUACGGGCUUUCCCUCACCGGGCUCAGAUUCUUCACCGUGUACGGCCCAUGGGGUCGGCCGGACAUGGCGUACUUCUUCUUCACGAAGGCGAUUCUCCAGGGGAAAGCCAUCGACGUUUACAAGACGGUUGAUGGGAAAGAGGUGGCGCGUGACUUCACGUACAUCGAUGACAUCGUGAAGGGAUGCUUAGGAGCACUGGACACGGCGGAGAAGAGCACCGGCAGCGGCGGGAAGAAGAAGGGGCCGGCGCAGUUGAGAGUGUACAACCUCGGGAACACUUCGCCGGUGCCGGUGGGGAAGCUGGUGGCGAUCUUGGAGUCGCUGCUGGGCACGAAGGCCAAGAAACACGUGAUCAAGAUGCCGUCAAACGGCGACGUUCCGUACACGCACGCGAAUGUAACGGCGGCGUUUCGAGACUUCGGGUAUAAACCCACCACCGAUCUCUCAACCGGGUUGAGGAAGUUUGUGAAGUGGUAUGUUAGCUAUUACGGGAUCCAGCCGAGGGUAAAAAAGGAAAAUCACAUUGACAGCGAGGAUUCCACUUGAUACAUAUAUAUCAUCAACAAACACUCUUCCUUUGUUAAAUUAUUGUUGUUAUUAUUAUGAUUUUUUUUUGGGUUGUUCAUUAUUGUUAUUGUUGUGGUCCUGUCCUGUCCAUGAUGAUGAUGGUGAAGUGAAGGUGUCAUUUGUGUAGCAAUAUAGAUAUAUGAAUCAAUGAAUGAAUGAAUGAAUGUGGAUGUGGAUGGUAUAGAAGAAGGACAGCAAACUGAAAGCAAGGAAGGAAGUGUAGAUCUGUGAGCUGGGGAAAGAAAGGAAAGCAAAGAAAGCAAGGCAAAGAGAGGUGUAAUAAUGGUGGGUGGGGUCUGCUACAAAGGUGGUAGAUUGAUUUAAAGAAACCCAUUUAAUAUAUUUCAACAAGAAAAAAAAUAGAAAUGUACUUGUAACUUGUAAUUGAACAAAUUAUAUAUGUGACAUCAAAAGCUCUCUUUUCUUUUUUCA